AUGCCCCUUGGUUAUCUCGCGCUUGGACAGCUUUGGGUCUCGAUAAGUUCCCCAGCUCAGUUCUCCCUCGUGGAUCACAUCUUUCUCAUCUGUCAAUUCUGUAUUCACGGUGACACAACGAUCAUUAAAGGUGGAAUUCGAUGCAAUGAAAAAGGAACGGUACUCUCCGUUCCGGUGACUGCACCCUGGUGUUUGGAGUGCUUUGUGGUUUUUCAAGCAGACUUCGAUAUUUAUUUUCUCUCCGAUGGGACUGUUCGUCGCAAACAGUCUGACGAGGAAAAUGUUUACCAAGAAGGGGCAGUCGAUAUUGUUCAGACUGAAGAAUCAAAGGAAUUAUCAGCGUUGGGGUUAGAGGAUAAAGCUGCCUUGAUCUCUGAGACGAAUGAGAUUGACGAUUUAGAGAGGGCAACAGGGGAAUCCGUGAUCUAUCAGUAUUAUUUGCGCUACGUUGGAUGGCCCAAUGCUGUGAUAUUUGUUCUCUUCGUGAUGAUGAAUGUCUUCUCUGGUACAUACAGUCAAAUUUGGCUGGAGCAAUGGACUAGUCAUGGCGGAAGUCAAAAGUCACUCUAUGUCACAGUUUAUUUCUUCCUUGGAAUUUGCAAUGUUGUUGGAAAUGGUGGUCAUGUCUGGUGA